UCUUAUCCCCUCGGCUAACUAAUCGUCUUAAAGCUAACAGUGAAGUUUACGCGGCGGAGUAACGACCGGGAAAAGGAAAUGAAGGUGGGAAUGAUGGGAGUGGUGCACAGAACUCCUCCUGCUACCUCACUCCCUGUUCGUAACGUCAGGUCUAGGGCUAAAUGCUCUUCGGUUCCUGAUCAUAUCUCCUUCAUCAAAGAUGUGGCUGUUACUCAACCUCCUGAUCAUCUUCCCCAUUUGUUGAGAAUGCUUCAAACUAAAGGAGAAAACAUCCUCUCGCCGGGAUGUAAGCAAGGAUUGAUCCCUCUUGCUAUUCCUCUUUCCAAGAAUCCUGCAGGUUCAAUAACUGCAUUGCUGCGUUGGCCAACUGCACCACCAGGAAUGGAGAUGCCGGUAGUGGAAGUUCGCAAGCAUGGCGUGUGGCUUUUGGCAAAAAAUGUAGAUCAAUAUAUUCAACGGAUUUUGGUAGAAGAAGAUGCAAAUGGCUUAAAUAAAAGUAAGGAUGAACUAUAUCAUGCUUCAGCAGAGGCUGGUGAGAAACUUUAUAAAAGAGGUGAUUUUGCAGAAUCUCGGAUUGGAAGCCUCGAUAGUUAUCUUUUAAAAGAGGUUGGACUGUUUCCAGAUGUUUUAGAGCGUAAAAUAACGCGGCAUUUCGAGCAAGAGGAUCAUGUUUCAGCUUUGGUUACGGGAGAGUUCUAUACCAGGAAGGACCUCUUUCCAGGAUUUGGACGUCCUUUUGUAUAUUAUGCAGGGAUUCUGCAGAGGGUAGGACAGCUUUCAGAAGCAAAAGAUGCUGCAAGGGUGGCAUUGAAAUCACCAUGGUGGAGUUUAGGCUGUGCGUACCAGGAAGUUGCUGGUAUUGCACAAUGGGAAGAUGAGCAAAUUGAGUACAUCAAGGAGAAGGUGACAGAAGAGGGCAGACAAUAGGAUCUGAAAAAGGGAAAGGCACCUGCCCAGAUCGCGUUGGAUGAGGCUGCAUUUUUAUUGGAUUUAGCUUCAAUUGAAGGAAACUGGGUUGAUUCUGUGGAGCGAAUUGCUGAAUGUUAUAAAGAAGCUGGAUUGAAUGAAAUUGCAAGAUUCAUUCUGUACAGAGAUUGAUAAACAAUAAGGAUAUAAACCCACAAUCAAAGGGUCUUCCUUUUUGACAUUUUUAAACAUUUUCACAAAGAUUCAUUACAGUACUUUACAACAAAAUGCAAGACUUGGUAGAUACAUUUUGUGAUUUUGUGAUUAUAUACAAGUUGAGCUUCCUUUUUUAUAUGAGAUGGAUUAAGUAGCUCUCCUUGUCAUUGAGCCCUUG